UUGGAAGCUUUGUCGAUGUUUAUAAAUGACUCACAAACCUAGCCAGCAGCUACCUGUCUAGUGUUGGAUAUAUAUUGAAGAAAAAGCCAUGAAGUUUCUUUCAUGGAGAUCUUCUUCUUCUUUUGAUUUUUUAGUAUUGGUGUUUAUGAUGUCGAGUUUUCAUGUGUGGACGGCAACAGCAUUGGUAAAGCUACCCCCAAACAUUACAGUUGCAGCAGUUCUGGUAUUUGGAGAUUCCAUAGUUGAUGCAGGCAAUAACAACAAUCUCCAAACCUUAAUCAAGUGCAACUUCCCUCCUUACGGGAUGGAUUUCGAGGGAGGAAUUCCGUCAGGAAGGUUCUGCGAUGGAAAGAUUCCCUCUGACCUCAUAGCUGAAGAAUUGGGAAUCAAGGACACGGUCCCUGCCUAUUUGGACCCAACAGUGAUGUCUGAAGAUCUAAUAACAGGAGUCACGUUUGCUUCAGGCGGCGCAGGAUAUGAUCCCAUGACAUCACAACUAGUGUCGGUGAUUUCCUUAGCUGAUCAAUUGGAACUCUUCAAAGAAUACAUAGAGAAAGUGAAAGGAGUUGUGGGAGAAGAAAAAACAAAAUUUAUCUUAGGAAAUAGCUUGUAUCUAGUGGUGGCAGGCAGUGAUGACUUAGCCAACACCUACUUUUCUCUACAUGCUAGAAAUUUACUCUAUGAUCUUCCUGCCUAUACCGAUCUCAUGGCUAAUUCUGCUUCUACUUUCAUCCAGGAUUUACAUAACCUUGGGGCAAGAAGGAUAGCAGUUUUCAGUGCAGCACCAAUUGGAUGCCUGCCAUCACAGAGAACUUUAGCUGGGGGAUUUCAAAGAGACUGUGUCGAAAACUACAACGAAGCAGCAACCUUGUUCAACUCCAAAUUGUCUAAAAACAUUGAUUCUCUUAAUAACAAACUCUCCGACAGCAAGAUUGUCUACGUGGAUGUCUACAAUCCUCUCAUCAAUCUCAUCCAAAACCCUAAUAAACAUGGUUUUCAAGUUUCAAAUAGAGGGUGCUGUGGUACUGGGGAUCUGGAGGUUGCUAUUUUAUGUAAUGAAUUAGUUCCAAUCACUUGUGCUAAUGUUUCUGAUUAUGUAUUUUGGGACAGUUAUCAUCCCACAGAAAGAGCAUAUCGUGUUCUUGUCUCACAACUCCUAGAAAUGUAUGUCGACAAAUUCUUCUAAUUCAAUUUUAGCUUGCUGUAUUUCUCUUCUUGAUGAUCUGAGAUCCUAUAGGGUUUUACAAGGGUUUGUGUAUUACAGAAUGAGGCUUAAGUUUCCUGAGGAGGGGACUCCUCUUUUAUACAUUGUCUUGCUUGCUGGUGACGUGUAAAGGCCUCUCCAGGAUUGGG